GUUUCUCUCUCUAUCUUUUUAGCCGCACUCGUUUUGCAAUUGGAUUCGUUUUUCCAAGAGGCAGCAGAAGGUAGAGGGAGAGAGAAAAGCAUCUCGAAACGCCGAGUUUAGCACUGCAAAACGCAAAGAUGGCGCUGCAAGAACAAUUAGAUCGAUUCAAGAAGCAGCAAGAGAAGUGUCAGUCUACGCUUACAAGUAUUGCGAAAUCAAGGCCGUCUAAAUCCAGUCUGACUCAAAAAACGGUUGCCGUAGCUCCAUCGCCAUCUACCAGUGCGAGGACUCCUGCUCCUGCUGUCAAAUUUUCUAAUGAUACGGAGCGGCUUCAGCAUAUUAAUAGCAUUCGAAAAGCCCCUGCCGGGGCUCAAAUCAAGCGUGUCAUAGACCUGCUUCUAGAGACAAGGCAAGCCUUUACUCCAGAACAAAUAAAUGACCACUGUUAUGUUGAUAUGAAUUCCAACAAAGCCGUGUUUGACAGUUUGAGGAACAAUCCGAAAGUGCACUAUGAUGGGAAACGCUUCUCUUACAAGUCCAAGCAUGAUUUGAAGGACAAGAGUCAACUCCUUGUCUUGAUACGGAAAUUUCCAGAGGGCAUUGCUGUCAUUGACCUCAAGGAUGCAUACCCAAAUGUGAUGGAUGACUUGCAGGCUUUGAAAGCUGUAGGCCAGAUUUGGCUGCUAUCAAACUUUGAUUCGCAGGAGGAUAUUGCCUACCCAAAUGACCCUAGGAUGGUCAUUAAGGUGGAUGAUGACCUUAAACAGCUUUUUCGAGGGAUUGAGUUGCCUCGUGAUAUGCUUGACAUUGAGAAGGAUCUACAAAAGAAUGGGAUGAAACCUGCGACCAAUACUGCGAAGAGGAGGGCUGCAGCUCAGGUGCAGGGCAUUUCCACUAAGCAAAAGGCCAAGAAGAAGAAGCAUGAGAUCAGCAAGAGAACUAAGCUCACCAAUGCACAUCUUCCAGAACUUUUUAAAAACCUUGGUUCUUGAUUCUUUGGGGGCUAGAAUGUUCUGUUGUUGAAUCUCUCUGAGAUGAUCAUUUAUAGCUGAGGUGCAAUAUACUCUUAUGCAAAGUUGCCGGAUGCCUUUGUGCUCUGGAGUUCAUAUCAGUGUGUCCUGCCCGUCAGAAUUUUAUGUACUUUCAUCAUCUAAAUACCAGUUGUUUGGCCUGAUAUUUUGAUUCCGUUGUGAUGUUGCCCAUAAAACAGUGUUGCGUUGUUCACGUUGGACACAACACCCAUUUAUUUAGUGGAGGAUAAUUUGCAAGGUUCCUUAUUCUGGUA